AUGUUGAUCAAAGCUAACCUACUGGCCAUUUUCCAGGCUUUGCUUGCGCUAGAAGCAUUGGCGACGCCCAUCGUCGACUUGGGUUAUGCUCAGUACCAGGGCUCAGUGGACACAGUCACAAACACUACCAGCUUCCUUGGAAUACGGUAUGCAGCUCCUCCGCUUGGCGGCUUGAGAUACCGGAUGCAGCCGCCAAUCAUAAAUGUCAACGUCAUCGUUCCAGGCAGGGCUUACUUCAAAAAUAAGCAAUCUUCUGACUGGCUGACAUCUCUCUUGCUCAGAGAGGUGCUUUCGAAAGGAUUUGUUGAAGCGUUGCCCAGGGGCUGCGGAUCUGCAGCCAGGCAACAACAGGUUAGACGCGCUGUCGAGAUCGCUGGUUUCAUCUCAUCUGAGGAGGAGCAAUCUCACGUGCACCUCUUGACUGCUGGCGAAGUAAGUCUUCAUUUCUGUUUUACCAGCAUGAUUGCGUCGAAUAUGUUCUCUAAAAACCUUAUAGAUGUAUCAGAUUACUCGGACGAGGAGGAAGAUCAAUCUAACCGCCAGAGAGUCAUUGUUGUUGAUGCCGGAGGCGGAACUAUCGAUCUCAGUACCUACUCGAUGAAGUUAUCUCCGACUUCGUUCGAGGAGAUUGCCACAGCUGAAUGUGAAUCCCGCUUUCCUGCGUUAUUAACGGUGUAUAGCUCGUUCAAAUACUAUGCUGUAUCCUUCGAAACGUAUUCUUAA